ACAUAUCCAGGCAGACCAGCCUACCAACCUCAAUGAAGAGUUGUCAGUGGGGCUUGGAUUGUAUUUAUACGCGGACUAUAAGAGAAACUGUAUUGGCUAUUAAUAUUAAUGUCGUAGCUAAAACCGAUACGUUUUCCUGGGGGACACCUGACACCGACAAAAUAACGGAUGUGUAUGUGGGUAAAUCUUGAGCCGCAUCACUCCUGAGCAGGCUACUGUGUUCCGGCUCUGUCUGAAGACUUCGCCUCAGUGUGGCCAUGUCGCUCCCGGCCAAAGUGAUGCGAGACGGGCUGCUGGAGAAGCGCAGCAGCGGGCUCCUCCAGCUGUGGAAGAAGAAGCGCUGUGUGCUCACCGAGGAAGGGCUGCGGCUGCACAACUGCAGAGGAGGCGGCGGCGGAGGUGGGGAUGCUCGUAGCUCGGCCUGGAGCUCCAGAGCCAAGGAACUCCGCUUUGAGCGCAUGGCCACGGUAGACUGCGUGGAGUACAAACGAGGGCUGGUGUAUUUCACCGUGGUCAUGGCCACAGGGAAGGAGAUAGACUUUCGAUGUCCUCAGGAGGGCACGGCGUGGAACGCGGAGAUCGCUUUGGCUCUGGUGCGCUAUAAGAACCUGCAGGCCGUGCAGACAGGGAGGAACAGGCACCUGUCCACAGCACACCUGGGCAGCACUGGGGAGGAUGAGGAGCUCUGAGCUGGUAACGCCUUUCUACGUCAUGGUAGUGAACCAAUCAGCGUUGAGAAUGGUCGAGAAUACAAGAUCCAUCUGAUUGAUCCUGUGGUGAAAGGCAUGAUGGGAUGUACAAUACUGCCAUCAGUCAAUGUGGAUUAAAGGACCAGGAACCGCCGUCACAGACACUCUUCUAGUCUUCUUAAAUGUGCUUAUUCACGCUGUCUUACAAAGCCUAGGAAUCUGAUAUAUUGUAAGCAUUGAAAAAACCUCAUUGACUGAGGUCCUGCCUAAGGAAAAGAUGAAAGACAGAAACUGUGUAGCUGGGACACUUUUUGCCCUUGUGCCUUGAUGUUUCCAAAUAUCUUCCAUUUUGGACAUCAUUUGCCAAUGUUUUCCAACGUUGUUGAAAAAGGAGUCACUUUAUUUUUUCAGUGUUGCUUUCGAUAGAAACAUAUCGCUGAGUUACUGGCUUUGAAACUGUUUGUUAUAGACUGAACAGAUCUGCAUGCUAUUUCUUAAGUUGAACAUGAAGUACAAAUAUUUUGCUCAUAUUCAUUGCACAUUGUAUUCUAUAUAUUUGCUGAAGCCAUGUACAGUAUUACCAUACAAUCUUAAAAAGAUUAAAUACAUUUGUGUCUGUAA